AUGGCUGAAAUCACUCUCUCGUACAACAGAUUGCUUGCCAUAUUCUCCAACAUCACAACAGACACAUCACACCCCCACAUCACACUUAUCUCGCAUUACUCUCCCCAUGACACAACAGACGCUCCGUACGAUCCCCAUAACACAACAGACGCUCCGUACUCUCCACAUAACACAACAGACGCUCCGUACUCUCCACAUAACACAACAGACGCAACGUACUUUCCUCAUGACACAACAGACGCUCCGUACUCUCCACAUAACACAACAGACGCUCCGUACUCUCCACAUGACACAACAGACGCUCCGUACUCUCCACAUAACACAACAGACGCUCCGUACUCUCCCCAUGACACAACAGACGCUCCGUACUCUCCACAUAACACAACAGACGCUCCGUACUCUCCCCAUAACACAACAACGCUCCGUACUCUCCCCAUAACACAACAGACGCUCCGUACUCUCAACAUAACACAACAGACGCUCCGUACUCUCUCCUAUAACACAACAGACGCUCCGUACUCUCUCCAUGACACAACAGACGCUCCGUACUCUCCCCAUAAACACAACAGACGCUCCGUACUCUCCCAUAACACAACAGACGCUCCGUACUCUCCACAUAACACAACAGACGCGUACUCUCAACAUAACACAACAGACGCUCCGUACUCUCCCCAUAACACAACAGACGCUCAACGUAAUUUCUCAACAUGGACACAACAGACGCUCCGUACUCUCCACAUAACACAACAGACGCUCCGUACUCUCCACAUAACACAACAGACGCUCCCGUACUCUCCACAUGACACAACAGACGCUCCGUACUCUCCACAUAACACAACAGACGCUCCGUACUCUCCACAUGACACAACAGACGCUCCGUACUCUCCACAUGACACAACAGACGCUCCGUAUUCUCUCCAUCAUAACACAACGAGGUUCCAUUACUCUCCACGUACAUAG